AUGGACAACACUUCCCUUAAGGAGACUGAGUUCUUCAACAAUUCAGCCUCUCUCAAGAUCAGUCAAGCACGACAAGAACUAGGUGGCAUAUUCGUUGCCGAACUCGGUCAUUCCAAGACGAAAAUGAUUCAAGACUGGUUUAAAUCAGAGGAAAUAGUUUGUUUUGAAUUGUGUGAUUAA